AUGGAUCAAGAAUCAGUUGGAUAUUGUAAUAACCCCGAUUACUUUAUUCCUCCAAAAGGCUCAUUAGACGAAUUAUACAAUCCAUCAAAAUUAACAGACGAUAUUAAAGCUGUGGAGGAAAAAUGGAAAUUGGUACCAGCUUUUUUAAAAUGUAGAGGUUUAGUUAAGCAACAUAUUGAUUCAUUCAACUUUUUCGUUAAUGUGGAAAUGAAGAAAAUUGUCAAAGCAAAUGAAAGAUUAACAACUGAACAAGAUCCAUCAUUUUUUGUAAAAUUUGUAGAUAUUAGAGUAGGUUCACCAAUUUCAACAGAAAAUGACGAUUUUGAUUCAUCACAACAAACACCACAAAAGUGUAGAUUAAGGGAUAUGACUUAUUCAGCACCAAUUUUAGUAGAUAUUGAAUAUACUAGAGGAAAAACAGUCAUUGGUAAAAAAGAUGUUCAUAUUGGUAAUAUACCAAUUAUGUUACGUAGUUCAAAUUGUGUUUUAGCAAACAAAACUCACGAGCAAAUGGCUUUACUUGGUGAAUGUCCAAUGGAUCCAGGUGGUUAUUUUAUUGUUAGAGGUGUAGAAAAAGUUAUCUUAAACCACGAACAACUUUCAAAAAAUCGUAUCAUUAUCGAAACAGAUUCCAAACAUUUACCAUCCGCACAAGUAACAAGUAGUACACAUGAAAGAAAAUCUAGAACUACUAUUACAUUAAAAAAUGAAAAGUUAUAUUUAAAACAUAAUACUUUUGGUGAAGAUAUACCUGUUGCUAUUGUUUUAAAAGGUAUGGGUGUCGAAACUGAUCAAGAAAUGGCACAAUUAGUUGGUAGUGAUGAUGUCUUUUUGGAUGCCAUUGCUCCAUCACUUGAGGAGUGUUCUAAAUGUGGUGUUCAUACUCAAGCUCAAGCAUUGGAUUAUUUAGGUAGUCGUAUUAAAGUUUUUAGAAGACCAUAUGGUGUACAAACAAAGAAAACCAAAUCAGAAGAAGCACGUGAUAUUUUAGCAGGUGUAGUUUUAAAUCAUGUUCCAGUACGUCGUUAUAAUUUCCGUCUCAAAGUUAUCUAUAUCUCUUUAAUGAUCCGUCGUAUUAUUAUGGCAUCAAAAGAUAAAGGUUGUCUCGAUGAUAAAGAUUAUUAUGGUAAUAAAAGAAUUGAGUUAUCAGGUCAAUUAAUUUCAUUGCUCUUCGAAGAUGUUUUUAAGAAGUUUUUAUCAGAAUUAAAGAAAUCAAUCGAUCAAGCUAUUGCCAAACCAAAUAGAGCCGAACCUUUUGAUUUCCCAAAACUUAUCAGAACUGAUACUAUUACAAAUGGUUUUACACAUGCAAUUUCAUCUGGUCAAUGGAAUCUAAAGCGUUUCAGAAUGGAGCGUUCUGGUGUUUCACAAGUACUUUCUAGAUUAUCUUAUAUUUCAUGUUUGGGUAUGAUGACUCGUAUUCAAAGUCAAUUUGAAAAAACUCGUAAAGUAGCCGGUCCACGUUCACUUCAGCCAUCACAAUGGGGUAUGCUUUGCCCAUCAGAUACACCAGAAGGUGAAGCUUGUUUAGACCCAAAUACAAUUAUUCAGUUAUCAAAUGGUAAAUCAAAAUUAAUAAAAGAACUUGUAGAUGGUGAUGAAAUUAUUACAGUCGACCCAAUUACAAUGGAGCAACAUACAACAAGAAUUUAUUCACAUUUUAUUAAAAAAUCAAAAGAUUAUGGUAAACAGCUUUUAAAGAUUACAACUAUUACUGGUAAAGAAAUCAUUUGUACAGAAGAUCAUAGAUUUUUAACAAACCAAGGUAGUUGGAAACAUUCAAAAGAUUUAAUAAAUGAUGAAAUUUAUAUUUUAAGCCAACCUUUAGCAGAGAUAAGCAAUAAUAAUCAAGAUACUUUUGAAAUUUUAAAUGAACAUAUUUUACAAGAAAAUCAAAUUUCAAAUGAAAUUAUUCAAGAUUUAAAAAAUAAAAAACUAUUACCAUUAUUAAACUCAAAUUUAAAUCAAUUAUUAAUUAUUUCAAGAAUAUUAGGUUCUAUUGAUAAAUUUGGUCAAGAUGCACGUCAACAAUUACCAAUUAUUCAGUUCCAAUUUAAUUCAAUGCAGGAUUUUAACAGGUUAUUACAAGAUAUCAAUACUUUAGGCUUUGAUAACCCAACCUAUACAUUAAAUUUGGAAGAAAUUACAUUAAAUAGCAACAAUAACAACAACAAAAAUGUUAUCAUCGAUUUUAUUGGCACAUCAUUUGUUUAUUUUAUCAAAUCAUUAUUACAAUUAGAAAAAGGUUGGAUUGAAAAAUUAAAUAAUCAAUUAAUUACACAAGAAUUUUUAUCAAGCUUUAUUAGCAAUCCAAAUAGAAUUCAUUUCAACUUUGAAUUAAAUGAAAAUAAUCAAUUUAAAUUAUUAUUAAAUUAUAAACAACAACAACAACAACAACCACAACCACAACAACAACCACAACCAAAUAAUGAAAUAUUCAAUAUUAAAUUAUUAAAUCAAUUAUUAAAUCAAUUAAAUAUUCAAUCAAAUGAAAUUGAAAAUUCAAUUAUCAUUCAAGAGAAUCAAGAUAUAAUGAAAUUUGUAAAUAUUUUUAACUUUAAAUAUAAUGCCAAAGAGAAUACCAAUUUAAUUCAAAUUAGGGAAUAUUUAAAUUAUUUAAAUUACCAAAACAUGAAGCAUAGCCAGCAUUCACAACUAUCAACAGAAAGAAUUAUAGAUUUUAAUAGUUAUUUCAAAAAAUUAAAAGUUAGAAACAAUUGUUUAGCAAUUUUAAUCGAUAGAAUUGAACCAUUAAACUUUGAACAAUAUCCAGAAAUUUCAGAUUUUACAACCGAGUCAGAUUAUCACAGUAUGAUUAGUAAUGGCUUUAUUACCCAUAAUUGUGGUUUGGUAAAGAAUUUUGCAUUAAUGACCCAUGUUACUACCGAUGAUCCAGAAGGUCCAUUACUCAGAUUAGCAUUCAAUUUGGGUGUUCAAGAUAUUCUUUUAGUUACUGGUGAAGAGUUAAAUAGUAGAAAUGCAUUUUUAGUACUUUUAAAUGGUCAAAUUAUAGGUAUCCAUAACUCGCCAGAUUAUUUUGUAAAUACACUUAGAAAAAUGAGAAGAGCCGGUAGAAUCCGUGAGUUUGUUUCAAUUUGUAAAAACGCUGCUCAACAAACCAUUAAUAUUGCUUGUGAUGGUGGUAGAUUGUGUCGUCCAUUAAUUAUUGUAGAUAAUAGGGUUCCACGUCUUAAACAAGAACACAUCGAAGACUUGAAGGAUGGUUUACGUACUUUUGAUGAUUUUAUUAAAGAAGGUAUCAUCGAAUAUUUGGAUGUAAAUGAAGAGAACGAUUCAUAUUUAGCCUGGAGAGAACUUGCAAUUAAACCACAUACUACUCAUUUAGAAAUCGAACCAUUCACUAUGCUUGGUUGUGUAGCUGGUCUUAUUCCAUAUCCUCAUCAUAAUCAAUCACCACGUAAUACCUAUCAAUGCGCUAUGGGUAAGCAAGCUAUUGGUGCAAUCGCUUAUAAUCAACUCACUCGUAUCGAUACUCUCUUAUAUCUUUUAGUUCAUCCACAACGUCCACUUUGCCAAACUCGUACAAUCGAACUUUUACAAUGGUUUAGAUUACCAGCUGGUCAUAAUGCUACUGUUGCCGUUAUGAGUUAUUCAGGUUAUGAUAUUGAAGAUGCUUUGGUAAUGAAUAAAGCCUCUUUAGAUCGUGGUUUUGGUCGUUGUAUCGUAUUAAAGAAACAAGUUACCUCAAUUAAGAAGCAUGGCAAUGAUACUUCAGAUCGUAUUUUCCCACCAACUCCAGACAACUUAAGACAAUCGAAAUUUGCACUCUUAGAUAGUGAUGGUAUUGCUAAACCAGGUGAACUUGCUCAAAAAGGUCAAAUUCUUGUUAACAAAUACUCACCAAUGAAUACUGUAGAUCCAGCUCCAAACCCAGAAUUAAUCCCAGAUAGUGCCUAUAAAUCAUCCUACAUGGGCUAUAAAUACGAAAAUCCAGCUUUUAUCGAUAAGGUUUUAUUAACCAAUGGUGAUGAUGAUCAAUUACUCAUCAAACUACUUAUGAGAAGUACUCGUCGUCCAGAAUUAGGUGACAAGUUUUCAUCGCGUCAUGGUCAAAAAGGUGUUUGUGGUAUCAUUGUUAAACAAGAGGAUAUGCCAUUCUCUGAUUUGGGUAUUUGUCCAGAUAUUAUUAUGAAUCCCCAUGGUUUCCCAUCUCGUAUGACUAUUGGUAAAAUGAUUGAGUUAUUGGCUGGUAAAGCUGCUGUUCUUUCUGGUAAGUUUGGUUAUGGUACUUGUUUUGGUGGUGACCGUGUUGCCAAUAUUUCAAAGGUACUCAUUUCAAAAGGUUUUAGUUAUGGUGGUAAAGAUUAUGUUACUAGUGGUGUUACAGGUGAACCAUUAGCUUGCUUUAUCUUUUUUGGUCCAAUUUUUUAUCAAAAACUUAAACAUAUGGUUAUGGAUAAAAUGCAUGCUCGUGCUAGAGGUCCAACUGUUACUCUCACUCGUCAACCAACUGAAGGUAGAGCCAGAGGUGGUGGUCUUCGUUUAGGUGAAAUGGAAAGAGAUUGUCUUAUUGGUUAUGGUGCUAGUGCUCUUAUUAUGGAAAGACUUAUGAUUUCUUCUGAUAGAUUUACUGUUUAUUGUUGCAAAAAAUGUGGUUUCUUGGGUUAUGAAGGUUAUUGUCAAUAUUGUAAGAGUAGUGUUAAUGUUUCAACAAUUCAAAUUCCAUACGCUUGUAAAUUAUUAUUCCAAGAGCUCCAAGCUAUGAAUAUCGUCCCUCGUCUUAAAUUAAUCGAUUCAUAA